GGGUCUUGCGAGGUCUACCGUUUAUCUCAUCCUAGUGACAGGGUCAAUUUUCUUCUUCCAAGUUUAAUUCCAUGUGGACUUGAAGGUAGAUAAUAACGUUUCGGAGCAAGACAGUGUUUCCAUCUUCAGGGCUGAACCACAACAUCGACAUCUUCAUGUUGCAGUAACACAGGUUUCGGUAAAGUGACUGCUGCUUUGACUUGUUAUGGCGUAACUAAUCAUGAGACACCUGAAUUACUGGACUACGAAAGAGUCCGGUAAAGUCUACAUAGCAACUGUGAGCGUACUACACCAUGACAAUGAUCGACUGAUUGAGAUCGUCACGUUUGAUGGACAAACUUAAAUGCCUUAUGGGUUACAUGGGGAAUGUAAACACGGAGCAGUUUCUCAGUCGGGGGUCAGUGGACCGCUGCACGACUGCACGUGGUGCAUAAGCAAUCAGCGACUUGAGUAGCUCUUACAAUUUUAUUCUCUGAUGCUGUAAAUUUUAAGCAUACACAUGAUGAAAUAAGUAAAUAUUUCAGGCAGUCCAAUUUAAUCCAAAUGUAACAAAUAAUUUUGGGGACAGGGUCCACAGUACCAGAGAGAAAUAAAGAAACGAUACGAAGGUCUCAAACUUAGCUCAGGGUAGGGACCAGUAGGAGGCUGUUGUGAACAUGGUAAUGAACCACAAACUUCUAGACGAGCUGACUGACUACAAGCUUCUCAAGCAAGACUGCUCCAUACAGUUACAUACAUAAUUAGAUUAUAUGAGAAUAAAAAAUACGAACAUUGAAGAUUUCAGCAAUGGUGGAAAAUUUCAAGUUGAACCCUGACCUAAAGGAAGCAGAAAUAUACAACUUUCGUUGACUGCAGUGAGUAAUUACUUUGGUUCUAAGACUAAAUUAUCUCAACCGUGAACAAAACAAAACAAUUAGAAUAAAGCUGCUUCAGACAACUGAUGGUGUCGUGUUCCAGUGAAUGAGUCAGUCCGAGUCUUCAAGCAAAGUGUCUGCUGGCUUUGCAUAAAAUAAAAAUAAAAACCUGCCAAACAUGUAAGCACGAACCACAACAUUGUUCUUUCUUCCUACCAUUUUCCUGUCCGCACCUCCACAUAAAACACCAAAGCAGACUCAGCUCAAAGCAUCAUGGUGGAGCUGCCACUGCACGAGAGCCAGUGCACAGGGGCGCCCCUUGACUCUGCUCAUCGAAUUUACUUGGGUGUGUCCCUGAUAGUUCUGGGGACUGUUGGCGUUGCUGCCAAUGGUUGGCUGGUGAGAGGGUCCCUCACCAGUCCACUGCUAACCAUGAAGACACACCUACUGAUGCUGAAUCUAGCGAUCACUUGCUUGGGUCGUGGGCUCCUGGCAGGGUUUCCCUUUGCCGGCUCCUCGACGCUAGCCGGCAGGUGGCUGUUUGGUAAAGAAUGCUGCCAGUUCUUUGCAUUCCUCCUUCAAUUCUUCGGUAUGUCUCAGGUUGCUGCGAUCACAAUAUUGGCAGUUGAGCGUGCAGUGGUGGCGCGUCACUCUGAAACCUUCUUAUCCAUGCAGCAGUAUGUGACGGGAAUACUGUUAUGCUGGAUUUCUGCUGCAGUAUGGGCGACACCACCACUUCUAGGCUGGGGAAGAUACGGCUGUGACCCAACCGCGAUGUCUUGCAGUCUGGAGUGGAGUCCGAACACAGACUUCUCUAGCUCUGUUUACAACAUCUGUCUGCUUACUCUUGGAGGGGCUCUCUCUGCAACAAUUAUGUGUGUAUCUGUGUGGUGCGCUGUAAGCUCUGAGGGGAAAAGAUCCUUGCAGAGUGCCGGUACGGACAUUGACUGCCCAAGUCAGCGUGUUCUUACAAAGACGGUGGGGGUGCUCGUACCAGGACUGUGUCUGAUGUGGCUCCCACAGACUCUGCUGAUUUUCUGGGUUGUGACAGGAACCCCACUGCCCACUGCGCUGGCCAUCAUAGCUGCAGUGAGUUCGGAGGCAUCUGCAGUUGUUCCCAUAUUGGCCUGCUUGGCAUGUGAUAAAAACAUGCGCAAGGCUCUUUUUGGCAUUCUUGGAACAUCCACAUCUUCAACUGGGAAGCAGGACAACUUUUUAGGAGACGAUGCAAUAUAAUGGACAACAAACAAGAAUAUAUGAAGCCCCUACUGCACACAUCAGAAUUAGACUGAUGACCACACAAAAAGCCUUUUAUAUAAUUAAUCAAUAAUUUUCUUUUGCCUUCAGCAGUAUAUUCUGCCAAAAUAUGUAAAUAUUUAAACUGUUGUUGUACCGAGUAUUUCGCAUAAUGUGUGUCUUACAAACAAAAUUCACUCUUGUUUGUAACAUGUUAAAUAAACUUCACAGGCAAUUUUAAACUGUAAUAGCAAUGCCAA